UGUGAGUUUCAUGAUACACCAAGCACUUACGAAGCUCACAAUGAUUAUGAAGAUCGUCACAGAGGUCUGAAACAAUGGCUGUGGUUAUAGACUUUCUAAUACUCACAGCUAGAGUAUUUGGAUACGUUCUCCAAGCUUUGCUUUGGUGGAUAAAGAAGCCCACGGAGAAGAUAGUCAAAAAUGAAAUCUGUUUGAUAACUGGCACAGCCAGCGCAACUGGGAUUGGGAGGCUUUUGGCACUGGAGUUUGCCCGACGGGGAGCUACACUCGUCUUGUGGGAUACUGACACUAAGGGCAACGAAAACACAGCAAGGGAAGUUCGCAAGCUGGGCGCCAAAGCCUACGCUUACACUUGCGAUGUGAGCCAGAGAGACCUGGUCUAUGCUGCUGCUGCCUCUGUGAGAAAGGAGGUGGGUGAAGUCUCCAUCGUGGUCAACAAUGCUGGCAUUGUAGCUGGGAUGCCCAUCUUACAGUGCCCUGACGGACAGAUGGAAAGAACCAUGAGGACCAACUGCCAUGCUCACUUUUGGACUGUCAAGGCUUUCCUCCCACAAAUGAUCAAGAGAGGGCAUGGACACAUUGUGACAAUUGCUGGAGCACUUGGUCUGUUUGCAACUGGUUGUCUGGAGGAUUACUGUGCCAGCAAGUUUGCUGUGGUGGGAUUCCACGAAGCUCUUAGUCAUGAACUGAAAGCCAAAAGAAUCGACACUGUGAAGACUACUCUAGUGUGUCCUUACUUCACUGACACAGGAAUGUUUAAUGGCUGUGGAGUCAGGCGAGAAUUGAAAGCCUUCCUUCCUCCUGUAAGACCAGGCAAUUUUGUGAAGGCAGCCAUGCGAGGCAUACUUCGUAAUCAACAUAUGAUCUGUGUCCCCAGAGUCAUUUAUUUUGCAGCCAUUUUGAAAAAUCUCCUUCCUUGGGAUGUGCAAGUUCUCAUUCAAAAAUUCCUGGGACUGGACAAAUGUGUUCCUCAAAAAGCAGCGCAGUAAGAAAGAUGUUCCCUUUCUAGAGACCACCUGCAAAGGCAUUUCUUGUUCUGCAUCUGAUAAAAGAAUUGUUGGAUAAACCCUAGGUUUUGGCUUAAAAGUUGAACUGAAUGAUUCUGAUUUUAGAGUCGUAGUGGCACAAUGGGUUAAAUCCUUGUGUCAGCUGAACUGGUGACUUGAAGGUCGGUGGGUGAGCUCCCAUCUGUCAGCUCUAGCUUCCCAUGCACAGACAUAAGAGAAUCCUCCCACAGGAUAGUAAAACAUCCGGACGUCCUCUGUGCAACAUCCUUGCAUACAGCCAGUUUUCUCACAGCAGAAGCAACUUGCAAUUUCUCAUCACUUCUGAGACGAUAUUUUUUUUUGAACAGGGGAGGCGUACCCCCACACAAGGACAUACUUGCUUUCAGAUGCCAAACAAAUAUGAUUGAUUUCAAUGUUUGUUCUGUUUUAUCAAGCCAAAUAGGGUUUAGGGUGUUCUCCUGUGACCCAACAAAAUGGCACUGCAGAUAGAAAAAUCUUAUUUUGUUGUUUUUAUAUCCAUUGAGUUUCAAUAUCUCAUUGCACGCUAUGCUAUCUUCUAAUUCCUCCCAGAAAACUGGCUUGAUAAAUCGAAUCAUUUUAUGAAUGUAGCAUUCUAUCACUGCAGAGAUAAUUGAAUUCAGGUAAAUGAUAUCCACACUUGUGGCAGCUUAUAACAAAGGAUCAGAUAUAUAAUUAUUGGGUUACACAUUAAUUCUCUUGAUAACACUUCAGUAUUGACUCCUUUCUACACUGUUCACUUUAAUUGCCGGGAUGGAAAGUAGAAAUAUAGCUCAUGAAUGUAGGAAGCUUUUCCUUUGUGUCUGGAAUUGUUGCACUCUAUUGUUUUUAUGGUUCUGUUUUAAAUCAACUUGAACACACACUGAACAGGAAGGGGCAAUUAAAAAUACAUUAAAUAAUAAAGCUUAAUUAUGUUAAAUAAUAAAGAUAGAAAUUUCCAAUAGUAACUAUGCAUAUUUGCAUCUGAAACAGUACAUAUUCCCUGGAAUUUGUCAAGGAAGUAAAUAAAACAGCUAUAUAUUUUC